GCCGGGGGCGGCGGGUGCGGGCUGUGCCCCGGAGCUGCGGCUGCGGCCGAGCUGCGCUCCGCAGGAACCGUACCGAGUCGAGAUCGCUGCCGGGAGUUCUCCUCCCCUGUCCCUGCUUGAGGCACGGUACAGCCCGCCGUCGCUUUCCCUGGACGGGACUGUGCCUGCGUUCCUGCUGCGGGAUGAAGAGGAUCUUCGGGUUUGGGAGGAAGAAGAAGGAGCAGCCGCCGCCUGGCAACGCCUCCCUUCCCUGCCCUGCCGGUGCCUACGAGCUUCGCCAGAAGGAUCUAGGCAAGCUACACCGUGCGGCCGCCAGCGGCGACCUGGCCCAGGUGCGGCAGGGGCUGAAGAAAUACGGCAUCGACGGGCGGGACAAGGCGGAGCGGACAGCUCUGCAUCUUGCUUGUGCAAAUGGCCAUGUGGAUGUAGUUAUGUGUCUGGUAGAAAACAAGUGUAAGCUAAAUCUUUUUGACAAUGAUAACAGAUCGCCACUGAUGAAGGCAGUACAGUGCCAGCAAGAAAAAUGUGUGGCUAUUCUGCUAGAACAUGGUGCUGACCCAAAUCUGGCAGAUGCUGACGGCAACACUGCCCUUCACCUGGCUGUCCUGACUGGUAAUACUACGGUAGGAGGGCUGUUACUUGAACAUAAUGCCAAUAUUGAUGCUCAAAAUAAGGAGGGAUAUACCCCUCUUAUUCUUGCUGUCUCCGAACAUCAUGAAGAAAUAGUGGAGUUUCUCCUUAAAAAAGGAGCUGAUGUGCACACUCGAGAUCAGUGUGAAAGAACCCCACUUAUGACUGCUGCUGCUGGUGGAGAGCUUAGUCUGAUAAAGGUUCUUCUUCAGUAUGGUGCUGAUGUUUCCCAGAAAGACUCUAACGGAUGGACAGCUGAGGAUUAUGCUGUUAUUCAUGGAUAUUCUAGUCUUAGUAAACAACUGGCAGAAUAUGCAGACUGGGAAAACACAGGAGAAGCUUCUGCAGGUGGUGGUGCACGAGGCAUUGCAGCACUUGGCACUCCACACCGGGCAACAGCUGCUGGCUUUACGUUGGGUGCACCUGCUGUGGACAGAGGAGGAAUGCAACAGUCUCCUAACCAGACAUCAAGAACAGGAAAAUCAAGGAAAGCAAUAGAUGACUUCUCCCAAGGCGACUCAAUAAGAAGCUCUGAGAAAGAGGGGAACGAUGACAGUUGGCAUACCUCUGAGGAAGAGGAACUUGAUUUUACCCCCAAGAAGCUGCAGAAGCCAAACCUGACACUGUUAAUGAGUGCUUCACAGCAGUUCAAGAAGAACAAUGAUGGUGGUGGUUCUAGAAUUGAAAGUCCUAAGUCGCCAAAGAAAAGUCUCAAACAAAGAAUCCCUUCAGGUGCAAAUGUGAACAAGGGAGACAGUGAAGAAUUGUUCAAUCAAGACAUCUCAGCUGCAAGCAAUCUGGAUGAAGAAGAAUUGGAGGAGGAAGAGGAGGAGGAAGAGGAUGAAAAUGACAAUGGAGAUGGUGAUGAUGAUUAUGAGGAGGAAGAGGAGGAGGAGGAAGAGGAUGAUGAAGAUUUUACUGAAGAUGAAAAGGAGGAGGAAGAACUGGAAGAUGAAGAAACUCAGUCUAAUGAAAUACUGGAAGAAGAGAAAACAGAAUCUAAAAGGGAAAUUAAUCAGAAAUUAGAGUAUUUCAGUAAAGCAAAGCAUGAAGGGGAUGCUCGAUGUGGAACUGAAGAUGUCUGUGAUGAUCAUGAAAUAACUAAAGAACAUGAUGAAAAAGUGAAGGAAUCUGUUGAUACUCCUGUGUCUUUCAUAGCUGGGUCUCAUGAAAAGUUUCAAGAAAAUAAAACAGCAGUGUCUCCUAAGAUCAUGAAUAAUGAAAUAUCUUGCAAGUCAGUACCAAAACAACCUGUCUUUCAAAAUCUAAAUAAUCUGCAAGAUACGCAAGAAAGCUGGAACAGGAAAAGCAUGAUUGAGGAGCCGUUUCACAGAAAGGCUGACUCCUGUUUUGCAGGCUCUGAAAUGACAGACUGGAAAAAAGAGAUACCUCAGCCUCUCUCAGAUAGUUCUGGUGUUAAGGAGAAAAAGUCAAGCUUCAGUGAUAGCUUGGAAAGUGGCAAUAAUUCUUGGUUAGCAGAAAAAACCACAGGACCUGAAGGUGAAAGAAGAACCUCUGACAUACUUGAACAUGUGGAUGGUGAAGAUACUGAAGAGGAAUAUGAAGGAGUAGAUUAUAAAGUCUGUAAACCACUGAAACAAGAAAGUGAAAACUUACACUUAAAUAAGCAAGAAGAAGAUUUGAGAGCAGCAUUUCAUUCAAGCACCGAAGAAGAAUCAUCUGACUACGAAGAAGAGGAGAAGGAGGGUGCUGGCAAAAAACUACAAACUACAGUUGUUGAGGAUGUGAAAAAUUCUCUUUUUAACGACAGGCAUGAAGUCCUCAAAGCUUCAAAGGACAACUGUGGUGCCCUUCCAACAGUGGGAGCAGAGCAAGAGGAAGAUGCUGAAUCUCCCUGGGAUUCAGAGGUAGAUUCUGAAAUGCCAAGAAAAAUAUCAUGUGGUGUGCUGCUGCCAGCUGCAGAGAAACAUGGACCAUGCUCCCAGUUUGUUUCAGGGGAAAGUGACAAUGGCUUUUUGGAGAAACCUAACAAUUCACAGCUGAAGACUCCCAUAUCUCCUUUGAAAAUGAACGAAACUUCUCCUAAAACCAGGCAGCAGAAAUCAGAUCUGUUGCAGGAAUUUGAGUUAGAAGAUGGCGAGGAUAUUGAAGGUGAGUACUCAGGAUCUACUUUUCAUAUGUCAUCAGCGGCUGAAAAAGAAGAUGAUAAGGAUGCCAUUGUAAACUGUGGAGUGUGGGAUAAAUAUGUUUUAGAAACUACCAACCUGAUAGAAAAAACAUCACAUGAAAAUCAGACUGACAAAGCAGAAGUUUCACAUCAGAAAGUCCUAACAAAAAAUGUGGAAUCAUACAGUGCUGACAAGGGGUUAAAUCUAAAACCUUGGGAAGAAAGAUACGAAAGAAUGUGGGUUGAAAAUGAGAAAAGGGAAUUGAAAACAAAUUUUAAAAACAUUACAGCAGAGCUGAAGCAGUUGUUUGGUGAAAAUGAAACUGGGAAAACUGCUUCCCUUGUCGAAGAAGUACCAGAAGAUGGCUUUGGUGAAGAAUGGAAGAGUUCUCACAUUCCUUCAUCUCCUGUUACAGAAUCAAGUAAUAAGUUAGAAAGCCAAGGUGAAUUUGGAAAUAUUAAACUUACACUGGGUGGAAAAGUACCCAAAAUGGAAAUUGUACUUCCAGUUCUUCCUGAUUAUAAUAGCUUAAAGACAAACGUAGAAGAUACCUGGAAUACAGAUGAAGAAACUGGCAUUAACAGUGUAGAUAACAGAAAGGUGUCUCCAACAAAAGGAGAGAAAAAGAAAAUGCGUGCUAUGGAAACAGAAGAGAAUGAUAAUGGAAGUAGUAAAAAUGCAGAGGAAGGUUCUGCUUACUCCCUGAGACAUAGCUUAAAACCAAGUAUUUUGGGUGACAUUUCUAAUAUUCUUCCCAAAGUAAGACCUGUUUGUACAAGUGAUGAAAAUGCACAUUCUGAAACAGAAAUGAAACUUAAAAAAUACUCUGGAUUUAAUGAUGGUGUUCCCAAGGACUGCCUUAUCAACAGUAAUACAGGAGAAACAGAAACUGAAAGUCUUUUCCCUAGUGCUCAGGAAUCAUGUGGCAUGCUGGAAAGGAGUCUUGAUGAAGAACUGAAACGAGAUAUGGAAAGAUUUAAGAGUAAGGUAGGAAUGCUGCAAGCAGUAUUCCUGGCUUUGGAGAAAGAGAAGGUACAGCUGCAAAAAGAGGUUGAGAGGGAAAAAAGCAAAGAAAGAUGUUUUAAUAUGCAGACUGUGGCAAAAGAGGAAAAUGUUGAUAAAUUAAAUGUACCACCAGGCAGCAUUACUAAUCAGCAAAUGACAGAAAAGCUUACACUAAGGGAGAAUGACUGUUUGAAAAUGGAGGAUGAAAACACUACAGAAGAAAAAGUCAUCAAGAAUUUUUCACCUGAUGAGAGUGAAUUUGCCCUGAAUCAUGACGUUGCAAAGAAAAAUAAAGGACAGACUUCAAGGCUGAAGUCUAAUCAGCAGAUGAGUUCUUCCAAUGGGAAUAAUUUUCGAGUACCAGAUGAUAUCACUUUCAGUGAAACAUCUCAGGAGGAAGGAAGACCUGCAGCAAAAGCAGCGAAUGAAAAGGAUAAGGUCAGCAUACAAAUGGAUGUAACUGAUGACCUUGAUUUAACUCAUUCAUCUGACACAACUUCAGAGGAUGUCAAAUUACCAUCAUCCACCUACAAAGAAGCUGUAUUGCUCUUAGAACAGCUUACUGUGGAUCAUACAGGUUCUGCUAUUUUACUGAAAAUUCAAAACAUACUUCUUAAAUAUGAACAAAUAAUAGAGCAUGAAAAAAAUCGGUAUGCAGCAGUCUCGAGAGAAGUAAGAAAGUUGGAAAGUGAAAAGGAGGAGUCAAAAUUAAUAGCAGAAGAGACUCAAGAUUUGAAAUCCAUGUUGGCUCAUCAAGAAGUGGAAUGGAAGAGUGAUAUCCAAAGCCUUAAGUUUACUUUGAAACAAGAAGAGGAAAAGAGGCUCAGAGUAGAAACACUGUAUGAGAAAACAAGAGAAAAACUCAGAAAGAAAGAAGAGCAAUAUUGUAAAGAAAUGGAGGAGAAACAGCAACUUGAAUUACAAUCAAGGAAUUUAGAAAUGGAGUUAGUAACACUGAGAAAGCUCCUCAAACAGGUUGAAGACGAGCGUGAUGAAACACAGAGACAGCUCUCUCAGGAAAAGAGUGCCAGAGCCCUGCAGGAAGGCAUUUUGAACAACCACCUUUGGAGACAAAAGGAACUAGAAGAAGAAACAAGAAGAACUAUAGGAAAAAGUUCAGAUGAAUCCGACACUGAGAGAGAAAAGGAUCUGUUGUACAAAAAUCAAUUACUGCAAGAUGAAAUUGCCAUGCUAAGACUAGAACUUGAUCAAAUAAGACGUAGGCACGAGGAGGAAGAAGGAAAAUAUUUGGAGGAAAAUGAGACUUUGAAAGAAAAAAAUGAAGAUCUCCAAAAAGAACUUAAGCUGAAUGAGGAAGCCUUAACACAAACAGUUUUUCAGUACAAUGGGCAACUGAACUUACUAAAGACAGAAUCAGCUAUGCUAACUUCUAAACUUGAGCAGACAAAAGAAAGCAAAGACAGACUAGAGACAGAAAUCGAAUCAUUUCGUUCCCGCUUGAACACUACUGUUCAAGAGCUUGAACGUCACCAGUCAUCAAAAAGUGAUGUUGAACGAACAUUGCAGAGGGAACGUGAUGAAUGGCUUCGCUUGCAAGACAAGCUCCAUCAUGACCUCUCAGAUGUGCGAGAAGCCAACAAGAGCUUGUCUCAGCAGCUGAGUAAAGCUGAAAGCAAAGCUAACAGUCUAGAAAAUGAGCUUCACCAGUUAAAACAAACGCUCAGAGAAAAAACAUUGGUUUUAGAAAUGACACAGAAAGAAUUAAGUCAAACCCAGUCUCAGGCAAAGGAAUACGAUCAUGCUCGACAACUUGAGAAAGACCAAGUAAACAAACUUAUAAUAAAGCAGGAAUCCAUGCAGGAGCGAUUAGCCCAGCUCCAGAGUGAAAACCUUUUGCUCCGUCAGCAGCUGGAAGAUCUGCAGAACAAAGGAAUCAUCAAAGAAAAAGUAGUAAAUGAUGUGCAAGAUCGAUUUAAUGAUAUUUUCAACAAACUCAGAGCUGAUACUGAAAAGCAAGUUUACCUAGUGGAAGAGAGAAACAAGGAAUUAAAUGCCAAGUGUAUUGAUUUAAGAGAACAAGUCUUCAAAUAUGAGACUGACAAAAUAGAGAGAGAGGGCAUGAUCAGACAGUUGCAGCAGGAGCUUGCUGAUGCUCUGAAAAAGCAAUCUAUGUCAGAAGCUUCACUGGAAGUUACUACACGCUACCGCAGUGACUUGGAGGAAGACAAGCUGCACUUGCAAAAGGAAUUGGAAAAGUCCAAAAUCAAGUUGCGGGAGGUGGAAGAAAAAUAUCUUCAAUCUGAGCGUUGUGUUCAUGACUUGAAGACUGCCUUGGAUGAUAAGGAAAGAGAAGCAACAGCUUCUGCCCAGAAACUGCAGGACCAGCUAUUGGCAUCUUCUGAGACUAACACUACUAUAAAACAACUGGAAGAACAUGUGCAACACCUUGAAAUUGAAAAGAACUGUUUGGAAGCAACUGUCCAGCAACAAAGCAACAGGAUUGAAGCCCUACAGAGAGACCUGCAAGCCUCUGCCUCAGUUCAUAACCGCCUGGAAGACUUGAUAAUGAACUUACAGACAGCACAGGCAGCUGCAGAAGACCACCACAAGCAGGCACAAAAGCAGAAUUUGCUGUCUCUGACAUCAAAGGACUUGCAGAGCAUGUGGGAAGAGCAGUUUAAGUCAAGAUCCAACCUCGAAGAGCGUGUUGCUCAACUUGACAGGGAAAAGGCAGACCUCUUUGAACAGUGUGAAAGUGAAAGAAAGAAAGUGAAGAAACUGAUAGAGUUAAAACGCCCAGUUGAACUCCGUCUGGACCAAGAAAUGAGAAGAAACUUAGAAUUGCAGAAAGACUUUAAGAGGUUGAAGAAACUUCUCAGUAGAGCUACGAAGAAAAUAAGGGUAUAUGAAGAGAGAGAAGUGGAGUCCCAGCUUAAUUUGAAGGGAGAAAUGAAGAGCAGAUAUUCUGAAAUGGUCAGUGAAGUUGAUAGAUUGAGAGCAAAGGUUGCUGAACUUUCCCAGCAGCUGGACAUGGAGUCUAAAAAAAGCAUGCAGCUAGAAGCACAAAACCGGGAUCUACGAGAAGAGCUGUCUACCCUGCAUGGGAACUGUGAAAAACUGGAGAAGACCAAAUGCCAGCUGAAAGAAGAGGUGGCAAAACUCCAACGUCACUUGGAGACUAACAUGGUGGAUCACAGCCAAAUAGAACAGUAUAAAAGAGAGGUUGAUGAACGAGCAGGCCAAGAAAUAAGACAGAAACUACAAGAAGUCAAUCUGUUUUUGCAAGCACAGGCAGCCUCCCAGGACAGACUAGAACACAUCAGAGCCAGUCAUCAUGCUUCUCUGAGAAACCAGCUAAAAGACAGAAUUAGAGAUCUUGAAUGUGAAUUGGACAAGAUAAAAAAUACUCAACAAGACAGUACUUUUCCAAAAGAAUCUGUGCAGGCAGAAGUGGAGAAGUACAAGGAGCUGUAUCUGGAGGAAGUGAAAACUAGACGAUGCCUAGCAAAGAAACUGGAAAGAGCUAAUGAGAGACUUGAAGAAACCAAUGCUAAGCUCCUCCGGGAGCGCCACAAAAGCAAAUCAUUAAUCACGAGCAGCAUUGUCAGUGGAGGUCUGGCUGCAACUCCAGUUCUCUAUUCAACUGCACUGGGACAUCUUGGCAACCAUUUGGGACUGAACAGAAGUCUCAGUCUAGGAGAAAGCUUCCUCAGCCCAACUGAGAACACAUUAUCCUCAAGAAACAGGGUUGCAGCCUUUGUGGCCAAGGUACGUCAGGAACUGGAUGAAAAAAUCACUAAGGAACUGAAAGAAGCCACUGCUGAACUUGAAACUGGAUGUGCCGGAUCUUCAAAAAACGUUCAUGUAGACCAGGAUCCCCUUUGUAAAGCAAUAGAGGAGUACCGUGAUGUUUUAACCAAAAAUUACAUGAUUUGAAUGAAAUGCUGUGGAAAGACUCUGGACAUUUUUUGGUUUAAUGGAGCAUCUAUGGUUCUGUUGGUUCUUCUUCCCACUUCAGAUGUGAAAACUUGUUUAUUUUAGUCUGAAUAUAAACUCUAUUACAUGGAUGUCAAGCACAGUGCACUCAUCUGUUUUUUCUGAGCAGGAGAAUGGCUGAUCUGGAUUCUUGAGCUUGACAAAACUGUCAGCAAUGUUUCCUCUUACAGUAGAUCCAUUAUGUUGCUCCACUCAUGUUCUGUGUUUUUAUAAAAGCAUUCCCUUUGUUCUGUUUAAUCAUUUCAAUGUGUUUGUAAGUUAUCCAGUGUUAUUUCAAUGCUUAGGACAUCAUUUGAUGUGCUUUGAGCCCAGUGCUGCAGUCCUGAUGCAGUGACUAAUUUCUGCUAAUUAACUUAUAGUGGUAUUCAAGCUGGAGAAAAAGGCACUUUACAUUUUUGUCACUUUAUGCAACAUAGGUUUGAAAUGACGGUGAGUGUGUAGCAGUGCCAAGACUUGUUUUAUGGUCUUUUUUGAUAUUUUUAUUUAGUAUCACAGAAUGAGUGAGAUUGGAAGGGACCUCUGGGAGGCUAUUUGUUCUUGUCCUCCUGCUCUAGGAGGACCACCUUUAGGUAGUUUCCCAGAUUUGUGUAGGUUUUUUAAUUAUUUAAAAAUGGAAACUCCAAAGCCUCCAUGGGCAACCUAGCUUCAUGAUCAGUCACUGUCACAAUACACUUGAGUAUCAUAAGGGAUAUUCAAACUCAGUACCUCUCAUCGUAUUGAUGUUGAUUUCUGUAUUAAAAAUUGCUGCAGCUUCAGACUUUUGCAGCUCUUGCUUAAACACUUGUGGUACACCUGAAAACACUUCCAGUGGGAGGGGGGGAAAAAGGAGCAUUAAUAUUAUCAACUUUCCUCAGUACUUUUCCAGAACUUGUGUGAUUGGAUACCCAGUCUUCUUGUUGCUGCUAGCAGCUGAGGUUGGUGUCUGAAGCCCAGAUGUGGUAAAAAAUUGAUAGCAACCAUAUAAACAGUUUUACUUAUUUCAGGGAGUUACCAGUUUUUAAUUAAGAUAUGAAUUUCCCCUCUGCAAAAGUCACCAGCAGAGGAUAGAACAAAGUCCCAGUUUUGGAAAAGUAAGAGUGAUUGCACUGAGAUGAAUGAAUACUGAAAGAAUUUUAGGGUUUUGCCCACUGUUUCAAGGGCUUGAGUUGACAGAUAGUGAGAAAAGCAUUAAAUGCUGCUGUGACACUUCCUUUUUAUAUUAAUACAUUUUUGUGUAGCUAUUCCACUGUAUUUACUUGAACUUGAUAUUUAAUAAAUUUUGCAAUCUAGAA